AUGUCUCUGUACAGGUUAGGCCUGAACAUGGAGUUCCUUCUGGCUGUGUCCACAGCACUGCUGCUGGCAGGCUCUGUGAGCUCACAGGACAUGUCUCACGAAGACCUUCUGGCUCAGCUUCAGGCUUGUCCUAAAGAGUGUCGCUGUCCCCCCAGUUUCCCCAGUGCCGUCUAUUGUGACAACAAGGGUCUGAAGCGCAUUCCAGUCAUCCCUCCCAAUACAUUGUACCUCUACUUGCAGAACAACCUGAUUGAAGUUCUCUCUGCUGAUGCUCUGCGUAACGCCACCCAGCUCAAGUGGCUCAACCUGAACCACAACAAGAUCACAAGCGAGGGUGUGGAGGAAGAUGCCCUGAAAGCCAUGCCCAAUCUCGUGUACCUCUACAUGGAGGAUAACCUGCUAACAUCUGUGCCUUCCGCGCUGCCCCAAAGUCUGGAGCAGCUUCGUCUCUCCAGGAACAAAAUCUCAAAGAUCCCUUUGGGAGUCUUCUCCAACAUGGAGCAUCUCACUCUGCUGGACUUGCAAGGCAACAAGCUGCAAGAUGAGGAUGUGACAGAGGCCAGCCUGAAGGGUCUUAACAACUUGGUCCAGAUAAACCUGGCCAAGAACCAGUUGAGCAACAUGCCCCUUGGUUUGCCCUCCACCACAACCCAAAUCUUCCUGGAUGGUAACAACAUUGACAAGAUCCCUGCAAGUUACUUCAAGGGUCUGCCAAAAGUAGCCUUCCUGCGGCUCAAUCACAACAAGCUGGUCAAUGGAGGCCUCCCCAAGAACAUUUUCAACCUCUCCAGUAUUCUAGAUCUGCAGCUGUCUCACAACAUGCUAACUGAGGUACCUACCAUCCCUGCUGGCCUGGAGCAUCUGCAUCUAGACCACAACCAGAUCAAGUAUUUGAAUGGUUCUGACAUCUGCCCAUUGCCAGCUGAAGCUCUUGAUGAUUAUUUUGAUGAGAAAGGUCCUCGACUUCGCUAUCUCCGUCUUGAUGGCAAUGAGAUCAAGCCUCCAAUCCCCAGGGACCUGAUGGUCUGCUUCCGUCUUCUCAGGGCUAUAGUCAUCUAA